AUGCGCCUACCCAUCACAAAGAAGAAGCGACAAGAGAAACUUCGGAACGAUGGCUCGAUUAAUGUGAUCUCCAUUUCUAAACAUGCUCUCUUGAAACUUCAACAAUCUAAUUUUUUGCGUGAUGGAAAGCCUAAUGUUAAGGAUAAUUAUUCUCUGGAUGAUUUGGAAAAUGACAAUUUGAAUCUGUUGAAUAUGGGGCAUUAUAUGUGUAGAUAUCAAUGGCAAGGCAAUUUCUCAUCUCCUAUAAAUGAAAAGUUGGUUAGUGGGAUUCGAGUCCUUGAUAUUGGAUGCGCAACAGGAUCAUGGAUUUUAGAUAUGGCGGCACAAUAUCCAACAAGUACAUUUCUCGGACUUGAUAAGUUAGAUCUAUUUCCACCACCAGACCGACGAUUUCCAAAUACUGGAUUCAUACAAGCGAAUGUGUUAGAUGGGAUUCCGUUUCCUGAUAACACGUUUGAUUUCGUUUGUGAACGGUUUCUUGCGUUUACUGCAUUGACAGGAUGGCAAUUUACCUAUUUACUGGAUGAAAUGAUCAGGGUGUGCAAACCGGGCGGAUGGAUUGAGAUUAUGGAAUAUAGAGGGUAUGAAAAUGCGGGACCUAUCGCACAGGCUGGAUUAAGUCAAAAUGGAAUAAAUUCUGAAAAUACGGUCGAUCCGAUUCCUCAAACGAUGAAAAAUCAUCACUCUCUAGUAGAUUUUAAGCAUUUUGAAAAAAGAGGUCCGAUUGGCACUUGGGGCGGUCAAUUUGGUUCUUUGAUGUUAAAGCAUUAUAAAAGUAUAGGAAAGUCAAUUUACUUAAAAUUACAUGACGAAGACCCUGAUUUUGAUGAUUUCAUUGUAUCUGUUGAAAAAGAAUUUGAUCAAUAUAAAACAACCAUCGGAAACUUUAGAUGCUUUGCUAGGAAAAGAUUUCAUUAA